AUGGUACCUCCGGCGAUUGGUGCCUCAACUUUCAAAGUGGAACAUGGUCUAAUCCUCAUGCUUAAAGCAGAGGGGUUUUUCAGGAAUUCUACUGAUGAUGAUCCAACACAACACCUUAGGAACUUUUUGGGAGUAUGUGCUAUGCAUAAGCAGAACAAUGUCUCAGAUGAUGCCCUAAGGUUGAGGGUCUUCAAGUACUCACUAGCUGGGGACGCAAGGAGGUGGCUUCAAAACUUGCCACCGAAUUCCAUUCGGUCUUGGCCUGAACUUGUCCGAGCAUUUCUAGCAAAAUGGUUCCCACAGAGCAAGAAGUCUGAGCUUCGAGAUAAGAUUUUCUUCUUCAAGCAACAACCAGGGGAACACUUACAUGAGGCAUGGGAUCGAUUCAAAUUAUAUUUGGUGAGGUCUCCAAAUCAUGGUCCAGAUUCCAUCUUGCUAGAGAAAUUUUAUAUGGGUUUAGAUCCUAUGAACCAAGCUAUAGCGAAGAAUGCGGCGGACAGAUCUUUUAUGGACAAGUCAUUUGUAAGAGUUACGCAAAUACUUGACAAGAUGGCAAAACACAAUCAAGCUUGGCAUUCUGAGGAUACUUCGGGCGGAGUUGCAUAUGGUUCUCCUUCCUUGACCAUCUUGAUCAAGGAGAAUCAAGAGAGGGACCAAAUAAUUGCAGGGUUGGCCACAAAUGUAAAUGUGUUGACAAAAAUGUUCACGGAAAAUCAAACAAAAAAGGUGAAUGUAGUCGAGGAAGUGCAACCCAUUUCCAAUGAAAAGUUUGAGGAAGCUAACUACAUCAACAACCCUCAAAGAGGGUAUCAAAGACAACAUUAUCAGGGUCAAGGGCAACAAAGUCAAUGGAGGCCAAACCCGCAAGGGCAAGGCAACCAACAAUGGAGACAUGACCAAGGUGGCUCAAACCAAGGGAAUUGGAAUAACAACAACAACUUUUCUAACCGGAGUUCAAACCCCUAUGUUCCUCCAAAGGGUAAAUAUACGAACCAAGGGUCUUCUAGUGAAUCUAAGUUGGAAGCUAUGCUUGAGCGAGUGUUGCAAAAUCAAGAAAAAUCCGAUGCUUCCAUGAGGAACAUGACCUAG